CCGCUCUUGGUCCGGGAUUUUGGCCUUUGAAUGCUGUCCGCCUCCCAACCAACGCCACUGGAAUCCACGUACUUGAUGGUUUGCUUGGUGAUUAUUUGUAAGUCUGGGAAUUGUAUCCGCACUCCUGUUUUCUUCAGCGAGGGGCGAUGAUACCCCUGGACUCCCUGACGUCCUCGUUCACCGCCUCUUUUCAAAUGGGGUUUUCAUUAUGCCUGCUCCAGGUGGCUGAUCACACGAGCACGUAUCUGGACGCAAUGUGGUUCAAGGGAAAUGUGCGGUCAGAGACGUUACGUCUCAACCACUUAAAUAGCUGCCAACAAAUCUGCCAGUCAGAGUCGUUGACAACCCAGCAUGCCCUCUCUUUCUUCUGGAACGAUCCUCGUGACGGGCGCAAACAGCUACCUCGGGGUUCACGUGGUCGGACAUCUACUCCAGAAGGGAUACCAUGUCCGUGCCGCAGUUCGCAGCGUCAACAAGUGUCCUCACCUCCUCAAGUUAUUCUCCAAUCAUGCGGGUCGACUAACGCUGGCCGUCGUGGGAGACAUGAAUCAGAACGGCGCGUUCAAUGACGCGGUGCGAAGUGUCGCGGGGAUAAUUCACAUAGCAGCUCCUGCACUGAACGCUCACGACAUUCUACCGUCGUCGACCUGGAGCGUCCGGAAUAUCUUAGAGAGUGCCCAAUCACACGCCGGCCCCACCUUGAAGCGCAUCGUGUUUUGCUCAUCUCUGGAUGCCAUCACCGUACCAGCCAACGCUGUCGUUCCUGUCACUGCCAUGGCGGCUGAGCAGAACAAGGCUGCAAUCAAGGCCGUUGAAAUGAACCGUACGCGUGCCAAUCCGACCAAAGUAUAUGCCGCCUCGAAGGCUUCGGUCGAGACAUCCAUAUGGGGAUUCUUUGACGCUCACAGACGCGUUAUUUCGUUCGACUUCUCGAUCAUCAGCCUCCCUUGUGUUCUAGGACCGCCCAUCCAUGAGGUCAAUUCGCCGUAUACGAGUGGGAGCGGUGACACAGGGAAACAUAUUUUCAACGCAUUGGUGCAUGGUACGUUUCCAGCGGGCAUGAACCCGAAGACCGAGCCCGCACAACUCUGGGUCGACGUUCGUGACGCCGCGGCUGCGCAUGUUCGUGCGCUGGAGACGGAAGCAGCAGGCAUGCGGAGGCUCAUCCCUGCGCAAGGUACACCAAUGGUAUUUGAAGACCUCGUCAACUCUGCAGCAUCCCUACGGCCGUUCGUGUACGACUUCUCCGAAGCACUGAGGUCUAUCGAGAAGUUCCAAGAUGCCCCUUUGGGGAACUCUCAGGGUGCGUCGUUUGACGUCACCGAAGACACAGCUAUUCUGGGGAUAAGUUAUCGUUCUCUUGAUGUUACAGUGAGAGACAUCAUAGCGGACUAUGCUCGUCGAGGAUGGAUUGGAUCAGGCUCGUAACCUGAUGCUCGGUUCAAGUUGUCAAUGCUCAGUUGUAUUUUAAUCACUUUGAUACGCCUCAUUAUGAAGAUGAUUAUUUAUGUUUAUUCUAUCAAUCAACUAUGUCAUUUGAGCCAGG